AUGGCCGGGAAAACACGCAGGUAACAGCGGGCAGGAGUACACGGAGUACAGGCCCAUCACUGUACACAGAGACAGCUCUAUCACUAUAGACAGAGACAGCUCUAUCACUAUACACAGAGACAGCUCUAUCACUGUACACAGAGACAGCUCUAUCACUGUACACAGAGACAGCUCUAUCACUGUACACAGAGACAGCUCUAUCACUGUACACAGAGACAGCUCUAUCACUAUACACAGAGACAGCUCUAUCACUAUAGACAGAGACAGCUCUAUCACUAUACACAGAGACAGCUCUAUCACUAUACACAGAGACAGCUCUAUCACUAUACACAGAGACAGCUCUAUCACUACACACAGAGACAGCUCUAUCACUACACACAGAGACAGCUCUAUCACUAUACACAGAGACAGCUCUAUCACUAUACACAGAGACAGCUCUAUCACUACACACAGAGACAGCUCUAUCACUACACACAGAGACAGCUCUAUCACUACACACAGAGACAGCUCUAUCACUAUACACAGAGACAGCUCUAUCACUAUACACAGAGACAGCUCUAUCACUACACACAGAGACAGCUCUAUCACUACACACAGAGACAGCUCUAUCACUACACACAGAGACAGCUCUAUCACUAUAGACAGAGACAGCUCCUAUCACUAUAUACAGAGACAGCUCCAUCACUGUACACAGAGACAGCUCCAUCACUAUAGACAGAGACAGCUCCAUCACUAUAGACAGAGACAGCUCCAUCACUAUACACAGAGACAGCUCCAUCACUAUACACAGAGACAGCUCCAUCACUGUACACAGAGACAGCUCCAUCACUAUAGACAGAGACAGCUCCAUCACUAUAGACAGAGACAGCUCCAUCACUAUAUACAGAGACAGCUCUAUCACUAUAGACAGAGACAGCUCCAUCACUAUACACAGAGACAGCUCUAUCACUAUAGACAGAGACAGCUCCAUCACUGUACACAGAGACAGCUCCAUCACUAUACACAGAGACAGCUCCAUCACUAUACACAGAGACAGCUCCGUCACUAUACACAGAGACAGCUCCGUCACUAUACACAGAGACAGCUCCGUCACUAUAGACAGAGACAGCUCCGUCACUGUACACAGAGACAGCUCCGUCACUGUACACAGAGACAGCUCCGUCACUGUACACAGAGACAGCUCCGUCACUGUAGACAGAGACAGCUCCGUCACUGUAGACAGAGACAGCUCCGUCACUGUAGACAGAGACAGCUCCGUCACUGUAGACAGAGACAGCUCCGUCACUGUAGACAGAGACAGCUCCGUCACUGUAGACAGAGACAGCUCCGUCACUGUAGACAGAGACAGCUCCGUCACUGUAGACAGAGACAGCUCCGUCACUGUAGACAGAGACAGCUCCGUGACUGUAGACAGAGACAGCUCCAUCACUGUAGACAGAGCUCUCUCUCUAUAUACAGAGAGUAACCAGUGACAGCUCUAUCACUAUAUACAGGGAGUAACCAGUGACAGCUCACACUAUAUCGAAAGUGUAACCAGUGACAGCUCUAUCAUUAUAGAGAGUGCACAAUGACAGCUCCGUCACUAUAGACAGAGACAGCUCCAUAACUAUAGACAGAGCUCUCUCUAUAUACAGAGAGAGUAACCAGUGACAGCUCUAUCACUAUAUACAGGGAGUAACCAGUGACAGCUCACACUAUAUAGAAAGUGUCCCCAGUGACAGCUCUAUCAUUAUAGAGUGCACAAUGACAGCUCCGUCACUAUAGACAGAGACAGCUCCGUCACUAUAGACAGAGCUCUCUCUAUAUACAGAGAGAGUAACCAGUGACAGCUCUAUCACUAUAUACAGGGAGUAACCAGUGACAGCUCACACUAUAUAGAAAGUGUCCCCAGUGACAGCUCUAUCAUUAUACAGAGAGUGCACAAUGACUGCUUGAUCACUAUAUAGAGAGUGUAACCAGUGACCGCUCCACCACUAUACAGGGUGCCCCCCAGUGGCCGCUUGGCCACUGUACAGGGUGCCCCCCCCCAGUGGCCGCUUGGCCGCUAUACAGGGUGCCCCCCCCCCAGUGGCCGCUUGGCCGCUAUACAGGGUGCCCCCCCCCCCAGUGGCCGCUUCAUCUCUAUACAGCGAGCACUCCUUGACAGCUUGAUCACUAUACACAGUGCACCCAGUGACCACUUCAUCAGUAUACAGCGUGCACAUUGACAGCUUUGUCACUAUACAGGGAACACCCACUGACAGCUUCAUUAUACACAGGGUGCAACCAGAGGAGUGUAGCUGCCUACUGGUUAGACAGAUCUGGCCACAUACAAGGUGCAAGUAAUGAGAUCUUGUACCCUGUAGCAGGUAUGUCUGCUGGGUAUAAUUAGUGUCUGGGCUUGUCAUCCUUGGCAAAAUACUAGUACACCAUGAAUUGUCAUCUAAAAGUGACAGAUAAGGAAAGAAUGGGAUUAAUGUAUGGCAAACAAUGAAAUCAUAAUAUUGGUAGUAUACAUUAAAAGCUGGAGUAUGUUCGUUCAAUUGCUUUUAGGAGGGGUCUACCUUGACGUUGGCAGGUGGGCAUUCCCUCCAAUGGCCAUUGGAGUAACUAAAUGACUUCAAUUUGUCUGGGGAUUAGGGAGAGAGCGCAGGUAACAUGUUUUUUUUUUUUUUUCUAAUGGAAUAAAGACUACAGAUUAGUUUAGAAACGUUAUUUUGUUUACUUUCAGAACAGAUCAAAAUUAAACCUUUAUUCACCAUGCUUGUACUAUAAGCAUUUGUUUUCCUUAAGCAACUUUUUUUCAAUCCAUUCGGUGUUAUAUUUUCUGUUUUAUUCCUUUUUUUUUUUUUUUUCCUGCAAGCAUUAGAAGAAUGCAAGUUAUAUGUUUUUUCCUAUGUAUGUUUAGCCUGAAGUUGAUAUUGUUGGAUUCAACAAGGUGUACUCAUUUGAUGUAUCUGUUUUAUUCAAACAUUAUCCCUUGAGUUGUUACAGUUACGAGUGAGGCAUUGUUUUUUGUUUUGUUUUUUGAAUGUCCUUUUGCUGUUUUGUCAUUUUAAAGCUGACCUUUUCUAACACACUAAAAGCAUGGAUUCACCGCACUUGGCAAAUCUUUUACUAUGAGUGGAGUGAGUGCAUCUGGGUCAGGCAUCAACUAUCAGGCUGCUGGUACGAUAAAGAGGCUAUUGCUGCAGUGUUGAUUAUUUUCAAACUAGCUACUUUUUAUUGUAGAAAGAAUAACUGUGUACAGUGAUCUGUACUUACUUUACAAGAGAGUUUAUUUUAGAUGGCAUCGUAUAGUUAUAGUAUGUGUAAUAUUAUGUUUGCCGAUAUGAUUGAAUUGGGUGCCUGUUACAACUGCCAAUGAAUUGUAGAAUAAAACCAAAAAAAAGCCCUUUUUCUAUAGUUGUACUUAUAUUCAUGUCUUUCAGUUUUAUUGUACCAUAGUAUGGUCUUACUUUUAUUGUGUAAGCCAGUUUGUACACAUGUAAUUGUGAUUUUACUCAGGUCCAUGUGUAUAUAUUAUUAUUAUUUUUUUUUUUUUUUUAUAUCAUGCAUUCAACAGGUUGAAUGCACAGUUUGGUAAAUUUCAGUAAUCGUGAACCACAUCUUUAUCAUUGUUGCAUGUCAGUGAUUUUGUCAAAAACCGCAAAGUUCCUCAUUUUUGACUCACCUGCUGUUUGUCAUGUCUGACUGGGAGCAUGGUUAUUGUAGUAUGUAGGUCAACAUUUUAAUAUCACAACAAGUACAGAUAGAUGCCUGCUGGGCUACGUGUUGUUGUUGUUGUGUUUUUUUUUUUUUUAUUGUAAAAUAAUCAUUCAUGCUUUCCUUUAUUGUGUUUGAGAGUUUAAAUGAAAGUCUACAGUAAUGCUGUUCUCUAUGUGACGUGAAACAUAUUAAUUUUUUUUUAUUUAUUUUUUUUUAUUCAAACUAAAGUGAUCCGUUUGGACAAAACUUUACUGAUUUUAUCAGCUUGGAUAAAGAUUUGUUAGUUUCAUAAGUUAUGCUAAUAACUUGAGUUCACUUUGCCUGAGAUGGGGUGACUUGCCCAUGUCAGUAUCACUGAAGUUUUUCAUUAGUGUUUUUGUGAAGCACUUAACACAAUAUGUCUUGCUUGUUAAAUUGAUCUUGCACUAGUCUGUUAUAUUUGCCAAGGUUGACUAGUGAUCAUUUUGGUGAAAAAUUCUAUUAAUUAGCAAAUUUAUGUAUUGCCCAUUGACUAUUUUAAAAAUUAUGAAAAUAAAGUUGAAUGUGAAAUGUUGCAAUACAUAGGAAUUAUCUAGAAUUUCAUUGAUUUAGUUUAAGUAGAGAUGAAGAUCUUUCUUUAAAACAAAGAAUGUCAACGUACUUUUGAAAUUGACUGCUUGUCGAGACGUGGGAUCUCCUUGGCUCCGUUUUAAAAACCCUCCUAUAAGGCAUAAAAUACCUAAUUCCAUAUGCAGUGACCUUUAUUCAGUCCAAGUGAUACCCCCUCCUAUGUCCUUAACAAGGAAAUAUUCAUUAUAGAGUGAAUGGCUUCCCUGAGACGUGAGCCUAUGGUCUUAGCUUCAUAGCGAUCACCUCGCCUAGAGCCAGUAUUGUGAAAGGAGAUAUUUCAUUUUUUUUUUUUUUUUUGUUACACUUUUUUUUUCAUUUUUGGAUUUCUAAAAUGGAAACCUGAAUUUUGUUGAUGUACCUUUGACUAUAAAGACUACAUUCUUUAUUGUUUGCUGUACUAAACUAUAAACAAUCAUGUAAACCCAGACUGGAUACUAUCUUGGUGUAAAUCGCUGUGAUAUACUAUAUGCAUUAGCUGGACAUGGAUUCAUAUACACAUCACAGGAAAAAAUAUAAAUAAAAUACAAGUUAAACAUUUUAUAUAGCUAUCGGUAGCCAUAUGUAUAUGAUUUUGUAAAACAAUUCAUCAUGAUAUUCUAUGUGUCAGGCUUUCCCAUAUGGUACUUGGUGAGAGAGAUGAAUUCAAUGAUCCCAUGUACUGUGAUUGGCUAGUCCAUUAUCACAGGUGUUGGGGAAUUAAGACAAUAAAUGAUGUAGUGGAGCACAUUGAUUGGAUCAUGCACACACUAUUGGGUUGCUUUACAUUUUCUAAUCCCUGUCUAGCAUAUUUUCACCUUUAGCUGUCAUGAAAUCUGUAUUAUUUGCUCAUGUUUUGAUAUUUUAUUACCAUAUUCGGAUUUCUUUUGUAUCGUCUUAAUAAAUAGCUACCUCCAGUCUGAGAAGUUACCAAUAUGGGUGCUGUCAGUCCCUUAUUUACGAUUUGCGAUGUUUGAUUGAAGUACAUUUUUCUGUUUUGCAAUUGUAUUUAUUUUUUGCACAGCUGCUGAAAGAGGACAUUUGUUUCAGUGUUCAGAAACAAAUCAUUAACAUAGAUGUUGCAUGAGAAAUGCUUUUGUUGCUGAAUGUUUGUGGAUGUUUGCCCAUUCCAUUAUUAAACCAUUUUGAUCUCUGUUUAGAGACACAUUGCAAGAACCAUCAUUUGCAAGUUAACUUUAGAUUUAUUUAUGUCCAGCAGAAAUGUGGAAUGGAUGCAGUUUCCUCUUUACUUUGUUAGCUGUUUAAUUUCUUAUCUAAAUAAUAUUUAAAAAGAAUCAACCUAAGAAUGGCAGAUAUGUAUAAAAUAAAAUUUUAUGCUGAUAGUCUCAAGCUUUUCCAAUUUAUUAAAUUUAUUGUGUGAUUAAAUUUAUGUGCUUUAUUCAAUUUUAUGGGGGCCAAAAUAUUCCAUACCACACCUCUUCUGUCAUUGUAUUGUAUAUUUUCAUGUUGUGUGUUCUUUAAACUUUGAUGAAUCCAUGCUCACCCCCAAGAAACCCAGUCCCCCAUGCCUAGCUUGAGUACAAAUGCAUAAGGCCUUAUGUGCUAAAUUGUUCAUGAAGCUUCAUCUUUGCCCAUGAGAUUAAUGUACGGUUGUACCUUUCUGAAAACGGACUUUAAAUCUCUUACUAGCCUAGCACGGGAGGAUUUACAAUUUCUUUUAUUUGAUGUUUUAUAACCAUUGGUAUAGGCUGGUAACCAUGAGUUUAGCAAACAUUUGCUAUUCUGACUUCAGUCAUUAUGCUUAUUAAAAGUAACCAUGCUUGUGCUGAUCAUACACACACCCAUGUUAAAACGACUCUUAAAGUGUUUGUAUAGCGUAGCAAAUCUGCUAUCAUGUAGUCUGUUUGCAUAGAUCUGUCAGAGCUGGUUGCAAUUUCAUAGUCCGAUUCUUUUAACAAAUACUUUUGCUUUAAAAAAACGUUAUCACUCUUUUCAAUCAUGAUGUAACCUUUCACAUAUGUGUGAGUUUUGGAACCAUCUAAAUAUCAUUUUUACCUGUUUAUUUAAAUAGAUACGUUUUUACUUUAGCUGCAUUUUUAACAUGUGCAGUAAUUUGGGAAUAGUUCAUUAUAACAGUAAUAUAUUGAUCACAGUGUGUGUUCUCGAAUUGGUUGAUUAUUUAAGUGCCUCACACACACUUCUCUUUAACCUUGUUUACGUGUCUGUUCCUGGUUUAAUAUCUAAAAUCCUCCCCUUUUUUUUUUUUUUUUUUUAAGCUUGGAAAUGCAGUUUUUUUGUUGUGUUUUUUUUUUUCCCUCUUACCUCUCAUUACACAUGCAGAUGGUUUGACACCAUUUGGUAUUUAGGUCUUGUCUCAGGACGAAUCCUCGUUGCAUUUGUAGAAUAUAAAUUGGAAAUGCUGUACAUACAGGGUUUGAAAAGUGAAUAACGGAUGGCGUAACUUCUGUAAUGCUAAUGGCAUCUUCACUACCCUGGCAACCCAGCCUUUGGCUUCACUGCCCAGGAAUGCACUCUGGAAAAUGUGACUGCAGUCUACUGGACAAACACUACUGCGUCACUUCAAGGUGUUAACCCUUGUGGGGCAGGGUUUUAUAUUUUUAACACUUGGGGAUAGGAACAAACAGAUUUUAAAAAAAUAUAUAUUUUCACUCAUUAUUAAUGGUGUUGUACAUUUGGAAUAAUUUGUUAUGCAUUAUCUACAUUGAAAUGGUGUAACACUAUUAAGGAAAACAAAUUAUUAUAUUUAAACCAUCUUUUCAGUGUGAAGGUUAGACAUACAAUCAUUGGUGGUAAAGGGAUUAAUAGUAAAAGGGACACUAUAGUCACCAGAACGACUACAGCUUAUUGAAUUUGUCUUGGUGAGUAGAAUCAUUACAUUCAGGUUUUUUGCUGUAAACACUGUCUUUUCAGAGAAAAUGCAGUGUUUACAUUACAGCCCAGUGAUAACAUCACUGGCCACUCCUCAGAUGGCUGUUAGCGAUCCUUCCUGGGUCAUGGAUGCCUAAAAUGCAUCCAAACAUUCAGUAUCUCCUCCCUCUGCAUGCAGACACUGAACUUUCCUCAGAGAUUAAUUGAUUCAAUUGCUUAUUGGCCAGGCCUGUGUUUGAAUCAUGCAGGCUCUGCCCCUGAUCUGCCUCCUUGUCAGCCAAGCCUUUGGGGAAGCAUUGUGAUUGGAUCAGGCUACCACUUCUGAUGAUGUCAGCAGACUGCUUGUUUUUCGGAGUCUAACAGCAUGCAGAGUUACAGCUUCAGGCUUGAAUGCGGUAACAUUUUUACUAUAUUUAUACAUCUAUAUAUUUAGACAUGAGGGGCCCAAGGGGGCUACAUGGUGGUUUUAACACUAUAGGGUCAGGAAUACAUGUUUGUGUUCCUGAUCCUAUUGUGAUCCUUUAAGUUCACAAAGGUCUAAUGCAAGGAUGUGUUUAUGUAAUGCAAAGUAGUUUUAAGUUGUUGGUUUUUGUUUUUUGGUUUUUUUGUGUGUGUUUUUUGCAGAGUUACAAUAUUUAGCCAGUCAGUUUCAAACACGCAAUAACUUUUAUAGAAGGAAGUGUGUUUGUGUAAUAGUUUGUUGGUUUUAGUCCACUUUUAUCCACGCAAUUAAUGACUGCAGAGUUUUAUAGCUCUUCUAGUGCCAAACAAAGCAGGCAUUUUGUGUUGAUGACAAAGUGUAAAAUGUGUCUCUUGUGGAAUUAAACCAGAGAUCUUUGUUAGGAACCAUACUAAAAUGUGUUCUGGCUUCAUUUUAAAGCUGUCCAGGUGGGUCAUUGGUCAUUAUGGGUGGAUUUGAAAAAGAGAAGAUUACAGGAAAUGGUUAUAUACUGUAUGAAAGGUAAUUGUGAAAUGCUUGUCAAAUAAUUUCUUGUUGCUUAGGACAUAAGGUAUUGUUCUUUUGGCAAGAUAUAAGCGUAAUGUCGAGUUUUGAUUGCUAUAUCUAGAUACAUACAGGAUAGUGUGUCUAGUAAAGUUGAGAUUUUGAAACCGUCUUAUUUUGUGAAAUGCCUGUAGGAAUAGAGUUUGUAAAUGUAGUGCAGAAUGUGAAUAGUUUGGAGAAGCUAUAUAUAAUAUUUUAUGGAUGAACAAUCAAAAUGUUUAAUGGUAAGGGUUUGUGAAACAGGGUUGUUGUAUCCAUGAAUCUAAACACCGCAUGACUGCGGUAAGUAUAGAUUGUAGAAUGAUGAUUGUCUUAGAAGGCCUGGCCCUGACCCACGUGGAGCACACUGUAGGUAGAACACGAGUCUUGGUCACUAAAGUCAUCCAGACAGACAUGGCAACGACUCUGAACUGGGCUGAUGGCCCCCGUUGUCUUUACUGAAACAUUAAAUGUGUUUAGAAGCAGGAUUAGUUACAUACUGACCCUGUAUAUAAGCUUUCCAGAAUACUCUCAAGCUCUAUUAGACCAUACAAAAUAAUCCUGGAUGGUCUUGAAUGGUGGUAAUGUUUAUUUAUUGCGGUGUAGUGUAAUAUCAUGCCAUUUGAAAAGAACCUCUGUAUGUUUCAUAACCAAGAUCAAAUGGAGGAACAUCUGCCUCAGUACUACAGGCAGGCAAACCAUUGGAUUGUGCUAUUAGAAUAAGUAUUGUGUUACUGAUUGCAGCAAGGCUGAAGUUGAUUCAUUUUAAUUUGAUGUUCAGAGUACUUCAAAGUCAAUGGAGCUUUUAAGCUAAAUUAUAUUUCACAAAACUUUUCUUGGACAGGUUGUUUAUAGGCUGAUGGGUCUUGCAGUUGGCCUACUCAUAUUUAAAAGUAAGUAUUUUAUUUUUCCGUCCAAUGAAGUGUUAAUUUAACUUCUCAAGAAGGUUUUCUUUACACAUUUUUUGUGUAUCUUGGUUAACGUAAUGUGUAGUCCUUCUGUUUUUUGUUUACCAUUUUUAAGUGGUUUGAUAAAAAUCCAGGGUCAACUGGCACCAAAGCUCCACGUCUUUCCUGCUGCCAAGAAAAUGAAAAGAUGUCACAAUCCAGUUUUAGAUCCGUGUAUUUUGGCGGCAAAUUUCAACUUAGUUUUAGUCAUAGUCUUUUGACUAAAAAGCCAUUUUAGUUUGUCGUAUUUUAGUCAUGUGAAUUGUUUUAGUUUUAGUUGACUAAAUCUCCAGAAGAUUUGAGUCGACACAACUAAAAUCUAAUGGGUUUAGUUAAAACCUUUUAUCUCUCUCUUGCCCCUUCCCAGCCCUUUUGUGUCUGUGUCCUCAAAAUCCUUCUAAGUGUCUCUCUCCCACAGCCCCUCUGUGCAGUGUUAAUUUUGGCGGCAAAUUUCACUUUUGACUAAAAAGCCCUUUUGGUUUGUCAUAUUUUAGUCCAUCUGAAUUGUGAAUUGUUUUAGUUAGCUAAAUCUAAAAAAAUCUUAGUCGACUAAAAUUGUUAGUCGACCGUAUUAACACUGUUUUAGAUGUCCUUUCCAGAUUAGUGUUUCACUGUUCUUUCCUCUCUUGCAUUGUACAUAGGUUUUGCAUAAAAAUAUUUAUUAAUGAAAACCAUUGCUUUUCUAAUACCCAAAAUAAAAAUAACAAACUAUUUAACCAGGAAAAGUACAUUAUGAUUUCUCUGGUUUUCAAGUACGUCCUGGGGAUGUAAAUAAACUUCAUUGCUUUUCUACACACAGCUUUUGUCACCGAUUUUUACACUUGCUUAGUAGUAUUUUAUUACCAUAGUUUACAAUGAAUUCUUACAUAUUGGUUGAGGCAUACAAAUUGACCAACAUUGUGUUUUGUAUUCACAGCGAGGACGAUGACGAUGAUCUUCAGUUUGCAGACCAUGAAGUUCCAGUUCAGAAAGGUGUAAAGAAAAUAUGGAAUAGAAUAAAAUGGACAAGAGAUGAGGUAUCCAAGUUUAAGGCAUGGUAUUUUAUAAUUUAUAACUUUUUCAAAUUUAUUUACUGGUUGCAUUUAUUCUCCCUUGUAAAUGUUUUAUCAGGAUGACAAGCUGAAAAGACUUGUCGAACAGAACGGGACAGAUGACUGGGCAUUGAUUGCAUGCCAUUUUCUGGUAAGACUGAUAUGAACGAACAUCUAGAGAGGGCAUAAUAGGUCUUAUUAUGGUCCAUGUAAAUGUGCUAUAGUGCAAUAAACCAUACACCACAAGAAUGGCUGUGUAGUUUGAGUGGUUACCUUUGUUCUACAACAUGAUCUACAAAAUCAUGGUCUAAUCUAAACAGUCACUCUGUGUGGUUUUGGUCUUUGUAGGUGGUACCCUUGGAAAGUCUGUGUGUUUAAUUCACUAAAUAGUAGAAUUGUAGUGUACUGGAAAAUCUGUAAUCGCUGCUCAGGAAAAAAUUCUCCCACUUUGCUUUUAGUCACGGCUAAAAAAGAAAUAAAUUGUAUGUAGUGUUAGUUUUUUAUUUUGAGUUUUCAACUCACUGCAAUUUCCUGCUUAAUGAAUAAGUCCUUGUGUUUACAGUAAAAAGUUGUGCACUGUUUUCAGUCACAGCCCACAAGUUGACUUCAUGGCUACCAGGUAGCUUGUCAAACAUGUUCUCCACUGAGAAGACAAUAGUACCUGUGCUGGCUUUCAGUAUAGCCAUCAUUUGAUACUCCUGCAACAUUGUAAGCCAAAAUAUUUGCUUGUGGUAGAAACAGUUCUCUUGGUGAAAAACUUUCCUUGUUAUGCAGACCUGUAUUAUUUCUCAUUCUUUACAUCCAGUUUUAUUUAGCUGUUUUUUUUUUUUUGUGCCCAGGAGGUAUUUCAUGUAUUUCAUUUGAUGUGUUGCAUUGGAUGUGUUCAAUACAUUAUGACAAAGUAGGUCAACUUUUGUCUUUAUAUACCAUGCGUGGGAGAUGAUUUGUCUGCCUGAAUCCUUAAACACUAUCAUCUUUCAUAAUCCGAAGACUUUUUAGUUAACAUUAUGUGAACUGUUGCAUACAUUUUCACAAACUAAAAUUGUAAGUGUCUAUUGUAGAGUUCAGCAGUGCUGGCCAACAUUUGUUUUAAUAUGCUUUUGUAUAUUAAUUGAUACCAUUUUUAGAAUCGUUCAGAUGUACAAUGCCAACAUCGAUGGCAGAAAGUUUUAAAUCCCGAGCUCAUUAAAGGUCCCUGGACCAAGGAAGAGGAUCAGCGGGUGAGUUUUAUUCUCCUUUGUGUUUCACUAUGUGCUCGAUCUAUAAAUUACUGAAUUAUACUUUUGAGAGAUUGCCAAUUUAUUUGCGUAUAAACUUAUUUUUCCUUUAUAUAUGGCUGAGCCAUUGUAAUGGCAUUCCACCUAAAGUAGAAGUUUGUGUGUUUUAACAAGUUUAUUUACAUUUGUUCUGGUGCUUCUUUUAGCUAUAAUAUGUCCAUUAUUAAUAAAUGUUUUACAGGACACUAUUUGAAUUUAAGUUUAUGAGAAAAUCUCUUGGUUCUCUAUCAUUUUUGCAGAUUUUAUAAAUGGCAUUAGAAGCUAUUUAAUCAGAGAUAUAAAGUAAUUUAUACUGUGAUAGGUACACCAGAUUAAAAAAAUUAGACAAGGGGUGAGGGUUUACAAAACACGAUUGGUGAUCAUAUGGUAUAUUGUGUCUCCAAAAACCCCUUGUUCGUUUUUUUGUUUUUGUUUUUUUUACUUCUGGAUCCUAAGCCUCACUGUUUAAUGGAUAUACCCAAUGUCCUGCUAAAAUAAUAAGAGAUUAGAGUUUUCCUCCUAAUAUUUGUAAAUGUUUCUCUACCUCUCUAGUAUGUUUUGGGAUAAAAAAAAACCAAAAAAGAAACAUUAAAAGCCAGUAGUAAGGCAUUUACAUCUGCUAUCAUCAAUAAUUUUUUUUACAUGCAUUAAUGUUACUCUAGUCAGUAUUUUCGAGAUGUCUAAUCAAAAUAUGUGUUGACUCUGUUAAUGGUUAAGAAAGCAUUCAUUUUGUUGCAGGUAUGUCAUAAUUUCAUAUGGAAACAUGUUAGAACAAAGCAUUUUUUCUUGGAUAGCUUUUUAAUUUUUCGGUUUCCUUUUAUAACAGGUCAUUGAACUAGUUCAUAAAUAUGGUCCGAAAAGAUGGUCUUUGAUAGCAAAGCACUUAAAAGGGAGAAUUGGUAAGCAGUGCAGAGAAAGAUGGCACAAUCACCUUAACCCAGAAGUGAAAAAGUCUUCCUGGACGGAAGAAGAGGACCGCAUCAUUUACGAGGCUCAUAAACGUAUAGGCAACCGUUGGGCUGAAAUUGCAAAGCUGCUUCCGGGCAGGUAUUUGUGUUUUUUAUAUACGUGUGAGAUCAAAGUGUGACAAUUAUAUUUCUGAUUAAGUUAACUCGAUCGUAUUAGAGAAGCUAGAGAGAAUGCACAGAACAUUAUCUGUUAAACUAGCACAAGGAGUAUUAUUGAAUAAAUGCCUCAUAAAAUGACACAAUUUACAAAGUGAAAUAAAGAUCUAUUACGACUGUCUUGAACCAAUUAAAUAGAUUAAAUUUACUUUUUUUUUAUAAAAAUGACAUUUGUUAUAAAACCAUGAAACUAUAAAUUCAUCUAUUUAUAUUGGUUCCAUGCAAUGCUUUUACUUCUUGAUUUCUCUUUGUGAAUAAUCAUGUUCUUUAAUGUGGACUCGUAUUCACCCCGUAAUACUUUGAGGAUACUUGUUGAAUACUAAGAUUUGGGUAUUCAUAGGGUUUUUAAAAAAAAAAAAGAAAAAGAAAAAAGCAAUCUGGUGCUUCCUGUGACCCAUUUCUAUAUUUCAAUUACUCUAUCUCUAGUUUCACCUUUCCCUGAAACUCCCUCCUCUUCACUUUCACUCAGUAGCAAGUCGCUCUGUCAUUCAGUCGCUCUGUUCCCCUGGGGCUCACAUAUAUUGUAUUUAAAUAUGUAUGUAUGUGUGUGUGUAUAUAUAAUAUUUUGCAGUGGUAAGUACCUACCAAAUAUGUGCAAGAAAGGACAACUGGUGAACUUAUGUCAUGGGGUCCUAGGCUCAUUGAUGCAAGGCUAGCCUGUUUGGUCUGAUCACACAGAAGAGCUACUGUAGCUCAAAUUGCUGAAAAACUUAAUGCUAGCCAUGAUAGAAAGGUGUCCAAACACACAGUGCAUUCUAGUUUUCUCAGUAGCCUCAGACUGGCCAGAAUACCCAUGAUGACUCCUGUUCCCUUAAAUAGGGAAGUGAGUGUCAACUGGAGCCAUGGAAAAAUGUUGCCUGGUCUGAUGGAUCAUUUACGUGGGGAAGAUUUGGCAGCAGAAUGCACUGGGGGAAGAAGGAAGGUUGGCGGAAGCAUUGUUAUGCUCAGUGCCAUGAUCUGUUUGGGGCCUGGCAUUCACGUGGAUAGUAUUUUGAUACAUACCACCACCCUAGAGAUUGUUUUUUUUUUUUUUAUCAUGGCAAUGGUGUUCCCAGAUGACCGUGGCCACUUUCAGCAGGAUAAUACAUCCUGCCACUCUGCAAAAUUUGUUCGGGAAUGGUUUGAGAAACAUGACAGAGUGCAAGUUUUUUUUCUUGGCUUCCAAAUUUCCCAGAUAUCAAUCCGCUUGAGCAUCUGUGGGAUGUGCUGGAACAACAAAUCUGAUCCAUAGAGGCCCCACUUGCAACUUGCAGGACUUAAAGGAUCUGCUGCUAAUGUCUUGAUGCCAGAUACCAAAGGACACAUUCAUAUGUCUGUUGGAGUCCAUACCUCGACGGAUCAGAGUUAUUUUGACAGCAUAAUGGGAAACUUACACGAUACCAGGAAGGUGGUUUAAAUAUUGUAGCUGGUCAUUGCCAUUUUAGAAUUGUUGCCACUUUAUUAUAUUUCCAUCUACUUUGUAUAAAAGAGCUUCAAUGGCUAGAUCUCCGGUCUCGGUCAGGGCCCUUUUUACCUUUUGUAUUGGUCUGUGUAUAUAGUGCUGUCUUUUCCCCAAUUGUUCAAUGUUGUAGAAUUUGUUGGUGCUGCUUUAAGAAUGCCAAUAAUGCUUAUAGUGCCAUUUAUAGGAACAUAAAAUCUUUUAAUGAACUACAUUUUUCUUAGGACUGAUAAUUCCAUAAAGAACCAUUGGAAUUCUACCAUGAAACGCAAGGUGGAACAGGAAGGAUACCUGCAGGAUGAAAAUCAGAACGAUCAUCUACCCAAAUUUCGUCCUGAAGUGUGCGCUGCACUGGACCUGUUGCAGGCACGGAAUCCAUUCUACAAUCCAGUCCAAAUCCAAGUAAUAGUCUUGUCUUUAAAACAUGCAAACAUCCCUUCCCUGCAUUAUCUUACUAAGCCUCUUACUCCUUUGAAUUGAAAUAUGAACACUUUUGUUGAGCAUGAUCAUUGUAUGACUGUUGGUUCAUUUGAGACAGAUCUGUACAAUCUUUGGUUGGAUCAAAGUGGAAACGGUUGUAUUUUCCUUCCUUCCAGGUUCCAGGAUACCAGUACAUGCAGUCUGAUGACCGCAGCAUAGAAAGUGUUCAGAAUUCCUUUGGUUUUAUUCAGGUAAAGUUCAAAAUGCAAAAUGGGUAAACCAAGUCACUGUACUUGUUUAACAACACGAUAGACAUUUAUUAGAAUGCUUAAAUUGAAAAAGUACAAUGUUACAAAUGAUCACAUGUAUUUUAAUAAUUGCUUGGUUUAUGUCAGGGGUGAGCAAGCGGUUUAUCCACAGAUGUUGUGGAACUGCUUCUUCCAUGAUGUUUUGCCAUUCUAAAGGUGGCCGUUUGCCCAGCCCAGGCUUAGAUGAAUAUCGGAGUGGGUUUUAAGGAUAUUUAAAUAAAGUGUACAUAAAGUAGAUUAAUUGAUAUUUUUAGUAUGUGUGUAUAUUACCUGGCUCAUAUAAAAAAAAAAAAUAUUUUAUGGGGACCUAGCAGAGGUGUUUUUUUUUUUCUUGUUAAUUAACCUUUUGAUGGUUGCCAAGUUUCAAACCAUUUUUAAGAACUUGUUAUCUUUUUAUUCCAGCUAGGCAGUGGGAUCAUAGUACAUGCUAUCUACGCCUGCAAUACAAUUGCUAAGGCUGACAGGAUUUUUUGUAAAGUGAACAUUCAAAAGGAAAUUCAAACUUAAGGCCAGAGUAGCCAAAUGGAAACUAUAGAUGACUUGGAUCAUGCUUCCAAUUUGACUAUUUUGGCCUUAAAUUUGAAGUUCGCUUUAGUAAAUAUCCAUUCUGAGUUAUGAUGUUGCUCAUGGCAUCGAAGCCAAUCUCGACCUAGAAUAAUCCUACAGAAGGAAAAUACAUCCUCAAUAUAUUUAAUAAAGGAAGGGCAACAAAACUGCUUGACCUGUACGAUGGGUUUUAUACUUAAAUUGUAUCUUCUGUCACAAAACCAUAUAUGAAGCCUUAUAAUAGAAGUUGGAUGAAGUAUUAAUAGUAAUCAAUUUCAAUUGUUUUUGCAAACGUUUUUUAAUUGAUGAAAUUGGCUUAUAUCUUAAACGUGGUCAUUUUUUUUUUUUUUUUUACAUGUUAUUUUGCUUAAAAUUACAAGGACGCUUGAUCAGUAAUGUCCACUGUUUUUGCCGCACUAGUUUUAUUUUGAGAAUAAAGCACAUUAAAUCAGACAUAUCGCAUGCUGUUCACGUAAGACUGACACAACAGUGGACACUUGGAAGUCCUCAGCCGGUUUCUUUCACUAUACUCUGCUUCUCUGAACUUGUACUUCAGUAAUCUCCUGUCUUUCAUCAUGAUGGUGUUGUUUCUCCUCUCUUCCUCUGCUCUUUCACAUGCCUCUCUCAGCAGCCCUUUGUUGAUGAAGAGGAUCCUGAAAAGGAAAAGAGGAUAAAGGAGCUUGAAUUGCUGCUUAUGUCAGCUGAGAACGAAGUCAGAAGACAACAUGUGUCAUCUGUAAGACCUACCUCCUGAUCUAUUCCUCUUAUCUUUCCAUGCUGCUUCUAUUUCUUUUUGUAUAUUUUGAUUAUUAUUAAGCUUUUCUUGCAUAGCACUCUUGUGCGGCUUAACAGAUCUAGCAAUCAGUAAUACGUUAAGUUACAGAUUGUGAUUUUUUUAUUCGAUUUACUGGUUUAAAAUGAGCAGAGAAAACACUGGGGACAUUUUAGGGUAUUCUGUUCUAAAGUGGUGGACAAAUGUAAAAGGGGAGGAGUCACCAUGGAAUAUGCCUUUUGGUUCUACUGGUUUCCAUGGUGACUGCAUCGCAUUUAGUGCUAUAAACCACAUUUUAGACUAGCAAACAUUAAAAAUUGUUCCCUAUUGUAAUUAUGUACUUUAGUUGUUUAUAUCUGUGUUCGUCAGAUCUGUGGCUAAUUGAAAAAUGGCUUUAAUGCACUAUUUUUCUACAAGAGUAAAAACUCAUUCCAAUUGGAAUAGUGUAUAGUGAUGCUGUGGUAUGGAGGUACAUCAGUUAGAUGUGUAAUUGUGUAGAGCGAUCUGUUCAUGUAGUUUAGCCUGAUGUGUGUGUGUUUUGGUCUCUUUUUUUUUCCCCCAAGUUUUGUUUAUAUCAUCUUAUAGAUCAUGAACACUGCAUAUACAUUAAUUCAAUUUCUUUUUUUCUUUCUCGUUUAUUGUCUGGUUAUUAUUCAGACUUUAGAAAAUUGCAUAUUCCAUGUUAACGUCCUGUCAUUCAAAUAUCAAGUCACUAGCCAAUGCUUUAAAAAGGCACAAGGGUUUUUUGCAUAGACAGCUGUGCUAAAACUUCAGGAUAAACUGACGUUUGACAGUAAAUAGCUGAAAAAAAGGAAGUUGAAUUUUAACCUUGUGUAUAUGCAGAUUGUAGUUUUUCUUUUCUUUAAAAAAAAAAAAAAUUAUUUUAUUUAAUAUUUACAAAUGAUGUAAAAGAAGAGACCAUACAAGAAAAAAAAUGCUUCAGUUUCUCCUGGUAUAGAGAUACAAAAUAGAUAACAGUGACCCAAUACAAGCUAUGUGCAAGUAUGUAAGUAACUCUAACACCCUGGUGAGGUCCCCUUAACCUUCAUCCACAAAGGAGUACAAACACAAAAAAGUAUAAGGCAGAGUAUCUUACAUACGCUUUUCAAAUAAUCCUAUGAUAUGACAUAUCAUAGGAUUAUUUGAAAAGCGUAUGUAAGAUACUCCGCCUUAUACUUUUUUGUGUUUGUUCUCCUGGUAUAGAGAUCUACUAUAAGGUGCGGGUGAGAAGACUAUAUUUGUGUCCUUGUUUCCUCGGUUCAGAGUUGUAAAACAAAAUCCAAAGAAACAAGCUGAUCUCCUACGUCUUCCCCAAAGUAUUGCCCUAAAAAGGUCAAAAAUAGAUUUUAAUUUGCAUUGCACUUUACAUUUGCAGAAUAUAAAAAAUGAAUGUUAAAAUAAAUAUUAAAGGAAGAUCAGACUGCUGCUGAUCAGAAGGCAAAUGUAGGGCAAAUAGCUUUUUUUCCAUAAGUUUAAAUUAAAGUGAUAGAAACUAGGAGGAAGGUACGAAAUAAUAUCCACUGUUUUGAUAUUGCCAGCAUGGACAGGUUGGUGAAUAGUUAGUAAGUAAAUGUUAUAUAACACAACCACAGCAAAAAAAAAAAGCAAAAUUCAGUACUCAACAAGGACAACUUGGGAGAGAAUCCGCACGCAGAUCAAUAAUUACUUUGAAGAGGAACAGUCAUUAUAUUACGGAGUGGCUCAUGCAUAUAUAGUUUAAAUAAGAAACAUUAUCACUAAAUGCUUUCUGUGGCUAUUCUUUAUAGCUAAAGGCUAAUGAAAUGAUUAAUAAUCUGCAGUAUGUUUAAACAUGCUUGUUGUGUAUUCAUUUACACCAGGUGCAGAAUGUUGCUUCAGGUUAUAUAGCAUAUUCCUGAUUCAAAAAUUUAAAUCUCAUUUAUUUUUAUUAGGAAAAAUCUGCUUUUGAUGAAUUAAGCAGUGGACAUAUCUCAUAUAUACUGAUCUGUAACAGCAUUGUCUUUCUAGAAGUUCUUCCUUCCAUUUAUCCAAGUCCUUCAGCCAUGGCUGGCCAUAUUAAACAUGGCGUUUUAGAAGAAGACAUGAUUUAGAAGUUAAAUGAACUAAGCAACACAUAUAUAUUCUAUAUUCCAAAGAAGAAUUUUGCUUUGUUACUGCUUUGCUUUGUGUCUUAACAUGCUGACUGCUAAGAUGUAUUUUCUUUUUUCUUUUUUUUUUCUUUUUUAUUAAUGAUCAUAAAACCUCACUCUGUUCGUUUUUAUUCUCUCUUUUCUUAAACAGUCUUCAAGUUUUUCAAGCUGGUCUGGAAGUUUUGUAAUAGAAGACAGCAUGUCCAAUACUCUACAUAGUGUAGAUGACCAAACAAGUGACUUCUACAGUCUUGAAGAGACACAUGACUCAUCUGGUCACCACAGCUCUCCCAGCAAGAUUUUGCUUGUAGAGGCUAAUGCACAGUUUUCCUCUUUAGAGACAAUCCCAGAAUUUACGGAAACAUUAGAUCUUAUUGGAACAGUAAGUGAUUGUUUUUCUCUUUUAGUCUUAUAAAAAAAGGAAUAGAUAAGUGUAUGUAAUAUAUCUAUAUCUAUAUCACAUACCUCUGUGUGUGUGCCUAUUGUACCUAUCAUCAACCUACCAGUGGAUUUAUUACCAACAAAUGCAUUGACACAGUCAGUAGUAGGCAAAGGAUGAAAUCAACAAAUGAAGGACAUGAGAAAUAGUAAAUACAAUAAACCAUUUUUCGGUUUAAGCCAUAACCUACAAAAAUAAAGUAAAUAUGUGAUGCUUAGUGGUAGUCUGUAAAUAUUUAUAGGGAAAAUAAGCGCUGUUUUGGAGGAAAUUGAUGAAGCUAAAUACAUUUUGCAUAAAUCAUUGUUACACAGCCAGAUCUUCUUUUAUUAUUAUCAUUAUAUACUACACACAAAAUUGGGUGCUUAAAAAUGUUUUGUUUUGGUUUUGCCUUGGCUCACAGGACCACACUCCAUGGAAUGAUAUCAGUAGCUUUGAGGUUUCCAUUGUACCGUCUCCUGCAAAACUUACUCCCAUUAAACUGAUCCCAGUUCAGCAUGAAGGUGGACAGGACUAUCAGAUACAUUGCAGACUGGGGCUUCCAAGUGGGCACACUGUUAUCAGUGAUGACCACGGUUCCACCAAAUCUCCUGUUGUAUCAAAAUUUAGCACACCUCCAGCUAUUCUCAGGAAGAAAAAAAUACGAUCACGCCCAUCUUCCACAACUAAAAUGAAUGAAGAAUUGGACUCCAACAAUGUUCGAAUUAAGGGUACUCCUGUUAAAAUGCUCCCAUUUUCUCCUUCACAGGUAAGGAAUCUUUUGUUUUUAAAAAUUUUGCUACAAAUGUGCAUAUAUAUAUAUAUAUAUAUCCUCUCCCCCAUGUUCACAUUUUUGUUUCUAGUGUUGACCUAUAAGCAUUGUUGAGGUUAGUUCUUUUUGAGUACUGGAGUUUUUCAUUCAUAAUCAUUUAUAGUGACUUAAAUAAGUUGUAUAUGAACAUUUUGUGUACAUAAUCACAUGUGCUGACUUAAUGACUUUUUUUAAAUCAAUAUUGCUGCGAUUUUAUGGAAACCUAGGAAUUGAAAACUUGAUAUGGUUUAACAACACUUGUUUCCAGUUAGCUCACAUUAUUGAACAGUGACGAGGCAGUAUGUGUUUUAUACCUGUAUAAUUAUUAUAAUAAUUCAAAUGUAUACACAUAGUAAUUAACCGAUCGAAAAUAUUUUUUCUUUAAUUUUAUUAAAGUUCUUCAAUAUCAGUUCUGGAAAUGUUCAAGAACAAUUCAACCUUGAGAAUCCAUCAUUCACUUCAACUCCAAUAUGUGGCCAGAAGGUACUUACAACUCCUCUAAGGAAGCAGACAACGCCAAAAGAAGACAAAGAAAAUGUUGGGUAGGUCCCAUGCUAACUGCAGAGAUCUUCUUCAUCCAUAGGUGUCGUGUGGAAUUAUACAGCAUGAUAUCUUUUUUAGAAAAAUCCCACUUUUAUAGUUUAACUAAAACACACAUGGUUUUCAUGAGUUUCGAAAUGCUCGUCUUCUCAGUGACCCUUCAGUCUCCAAGAGUACUUUGCUUAGCAGCUGAACUUUAAGAACUGGCUGAUGUGCGAUGGCUUUUUUGUUCUAAUAUGCUGACUGUCCAUUAAAAAGUUCUUAUCUUUAUGAUUGACAGGAGACUCAUAUCAAACCUGCUUCUACUUUAUUCUCCAUUUCUGCUUCUGAUGGAAAAUAAAUAUCAUCUGAGCCUCUUUAUUGAGGUUUGGAGGCUUAAGUUUAUCCAACAAGUAGUCCAUAUCCUUUCAAGAAUCAAUACAUUGGUUGUCGGUGUUGCCAUUUUGCCUUACUUCUAUGAGCAUGUCAACUCUCAAUGGGCAUACAAGAUCCAUUUUUUUUUUUAAAUUUAAAACACCUGUAGGUUUCAGAUCAUACGUUGUAUAAGCCUGUCACAACGCCAAUGUACCCCAUUUUUGGCAGUUCAAGAGGCAGGCAGACUUGUUUCUUUUUAUCUUUUACUUUACCACCUGAUGUUGUGGUUAACACUGGGGAAAACAGAUUGUAAGAGCAGGAGUAAAGCUUUGAUAGGUUUGUUCUGCCUCUUCAAAUGUUAGGGACAUUUCCAUGGAUCACCACCACAGUAUAAACGGAGUUCAUCAAUAAGCAUACAUUGUGCUUUUAAUUUGCAAAUAAAUGCCAAAAAAUUAGAAUAUGGCAUCAGUUGGGCCAAGUUGUAAACAUACCUCAUACCACUGUGGUCUACUACUUGGAAAUCGCAAUCUAGACAAACAGGACUGUGUUAAUUUCCUAUUACAUCAAAUUAGACAGAGUUCAAGAAUAUCUGCAAUACCUCCUUCAAAUAGUCCAUGGUAGCACUGGUUGACUCCCAUCUGCUUAAUUAUAACUCUAAUUAAGGCAUUCUCCUAAUACGUGUUGUGAUAUUGAAGUAAAAGAUUAAUUGUUGAAUUAGGUGAAACUACGUUGUCCCACAUUUUAAUGGUAAGAGAAGUAUGCUCUUCAGCUGUGAUGAUAUGGAUGCUGUUCAUGUAAUACAGUAGAACCUGGUCGAUGGUUAAUAGAUGCAUAAAAUCUAUGUGAUCUAGUUGGACAGGAAUAAUUAAAAAUCCUGAUUCUUAAGCCAGUCCUCAACCCACGAUCUGGGAUCCAAACCCUUUAAGGCCUGCAGGCUUUAUUUCACGAGGUCUAAAGUACAAGCCAUAUACUUUUUUUGAAGUGAAGCAUUGAAAGAGAAGGAAGUUAUAGUGGAUGCUGGUUCAUAUGGACAGACGGGGCACUAAACCCUCCCACGCCUGUUUGUAUUGACAAAAAAUAAUUAUUAAAAAAAAUCUAGUGGGGGACCAGUGAGAAGGUUAAAAAAUAAAACAACAUGUGUUUGUCAUGAUUAUAUUUGCAGUUUUCUCCAUGCUGCUUAUAUAUUGCUGGAGAUGCUGCUGAGAGGCUGAGAAACUAACAGUGUCAAGAUUUUGGAAAAUGUUCUGGGUAUUAAUCCAUCACGUAGACUUUGUAUGGGGCCACUAGAUCCCAGAUGCCUUAAGACAGGUCUGCAUAUUAUCCCGUCAUUGGGUAACAGUAUCAGGGGGGUGAACCUGGUCCUCUUAUAAAGUGGUACAUGUAUCUGUAGAUUUAUAUCGUUGUCUUAUUGGGUUAGGAGUAGAGUACAUGAGGUUAAGCCCACAAUCUUUAAGCUUCCCCAACUGCUACUGGUAAUUCCUUAUUUCAUGUUAUGCAAGCCCAUACUGUCCUAGUAAGAGGCUGGUGGAAGUAAACUAAAGAACACUUCAUAUUCUGACAUUCUGUUUUAAAUAAAGUUUCAGAACACCCACCAUAAGGAGAUCUUUAUUGGGAAACACCCCAAGAACACCCACUCCAUUUAAGAAUGCUCUUGCUGCCCAGGAGAAGAAAUAUGGCCCUCUGAAGGUUGUGGUAUGUAUUUGAGCUGUGUUAUGACUUCAGUGGGGGCAGAGUGACACUGAUUGACUAAUUAUAUGACUGUUUGUUAAAUGUGGAAGUCAACCAAAGGAGUGGCAAGAUGGGUGCGGAUUAUUGGUCUGAUAUAGGGUUGGAGCAGUUUUUACAAAAUUUUCCAUGUACUUGGUUUAGAGACUUUCAUAGUAUGUUUACAGAAAAUGAAUCCUUUAAGGUUAUUUUUUGGUGACCGUUGUCCUUUUCAUUUUUCCCUUUUUUUUGCAUUAAAAGCGCUGUGUUGUACAUUAUGCUAAUCUAUAGUUUUGUUAAUUGCUCUUAUUCUAGUGCUUGUGUGCUUUUAAAAUCUAGUUCAAUUUUUUUCUCGUUGUCUAAUCCUAUUUAAAACCAACAUACAUAUAAAAUAAUCUGGAACCAAGCUUUGAAGAACAGCAACUCCCUUCUACAUGUUGUUGCUGUUUAGUGUAGUUUUUAUUUAGAUUCCAGGAUUUCUGAUUAGAUCCUUCUUUAGUAAUAUAUGGUAUGCUAGCUGUGGUAAAGUGUAAACGUGAAGCUAAAUCUCUCCUUUCCCCUUGCCUCUUUGUCCAAAUAUUAGGCACAGCCCCUAGCAUUUCUUGAAGAAGAUAUCCGAGAAGUGUUGAAGCAAGAGACUGGGGCAGACAUAUUCAUUAAGGAGGAAGAUGAACAGAUUUGUAAAACACAUAAACAAGAGGUAGGGUUUAUUUAUUUAUUUAUAGUAUCCCCAAUGUGAUACCCGUAUCUUACACAAAUGUUUUAUUUCUAGCGGAGGUCUGCUGUAAAAAAAGUCAGAAAAUCUCUGAUGUUGGAUGCCUGGGAUAAAGAAGAGCUUGGUGCUCAACUGUUAACAGAAGACAGUGAUUAUGAUCUACAUGUAAGUCCAUAUUAAACUGUGAACAAAAACAUGUUAAAUUAGAGCAUCCGUGCUGCUAAAGCAGUUAGAAAAAUAGCCAUUUUGUUAAUUACAGUUUAUUUCACAUUAUUGGAUGUAUUUACUAGACCUUAUUUCAAAGUCACUUUAAACCUCUCCAAAAUGUAUUGCAAAAUAUUGGAUUUGGCAAAAUUCUUUAUUUUGUAUUCUAUUUUGGUGUGAAUAUUUAAUGCGGUUUCUUAGUUCACUGCAGUGUGUUGCUUAAUGUACAAGUCCCAUAGUUCCUCCUAAGGAUGUUAGUUGUGGGUAACACUGCUUUCUUUUUAUUAUUUAAAGAAUGAAAACACCAUUUCCACAUCUUUAUUAAUGAUACCAUUGGCUGACACAGAAGACAUAAAGUGCAACAUAAACAAUGAAAAGAGACCUGGGAAGAAACUUAGCCCUAUCUCAAACAAUUACACAUCGGAAAAGUCUGUUCAGGUGUGUGGAGUAGACUCCUCUGUGAUGUGUAAAAACAAAAACUGGACUUUGACAGAAUUAAUAAUAUUAACUUAAUAAUAUUGAUGGUGGUCAAGCCUUUAGCCAAUGGCAUGGUGACACUAAUAUGUUUUUUUUUUUUUUUUCUGCCCAGUCGCUUUGUGAAUGGGAAGCUGUUGUGUUUGGUAAGACAGAAGACCAGUUGAUCAUGACGGAACAAGCAAGAAGAUAUCUCGACACUUAUAAAGCUACUACAAGCUCUACAUCAAGACACCUAAUCUUAUGAAUACGGAGUUUGAUCUUGUGUAAACCUUCUUACUCUGUGCACUAAAAUAAGACUAUAUUUUAUUCCAGUAGGUACCAUAGUAUUUGGUUUGCUGCACUACAUUUAAAAUGACUUUUCACUUGUAACCUUGCCUAUCCAUGGAUACUAUGGUGGUUGAACUAAAUGGUUUGACGCAAGAUGUUCUCAUGCUAGCCAGAUCUAUUUUUUUAUUUAUUUUGUAUAAUUUUUUUUUAUUUUUUUU